AUGGUCCCCGCACCCCCCUCCAUAGUCGAACUGGGCAUCGUAGAACAACUCUGCGCAGACGACCCUGUGCGCUGGUGGAAUAAGCCCAAUCUACGGCGUCUCUACCUCCUCCUCGUACCAUGUUGUCUCUUCAUCGAGUCGACAUCCGGCUUCGACAGCAGUAUGAUGAACGGGCUACAAGCGCUGCCCUACUGGCGGGAAUACUUCAACCACCCGAAAGGCGGGGAGUUGGGCUUGCUGGUUGCGUGUUACAAUCUCGGUGCUAUUUCUAGUAUACCGUUCGUGUCGCUGGUGUGUGAUCAUCUGGGACGGAGGAAGAGUAUAGUGUUUGGGAGUGUGAUUAUGAUCAUUGGAGCAAUCAUGCAGGGGCUUUCGCAGAAUCUCGCCAUGUUCAUUUUCUCACGCAUCUUCCUCGGCCAUGGCAUCGUGUACGCCAUUGUCUCUGGAGCCGCUCUCCUCGGCGAACUCGGACAUCCCAAAGAGCGCGCCUUCCUCGGCUCCAUGUUCAACGCCUUCUUCGGCGUCGGCUCCAUCCUCGGCGCAGGCAUCGUCGUGCGCACGCUGCUGAUCCCAAAUGACUGGUGUUGGCGCCUGCCCUCGAUUCUGCAAGCGGCCCCAAGUGUCAUUCAAAUCAUCUUUGCUUUUACCAUUCCAGAGUCGCCAAGGUGGCUCGUGAGUAAGGAUCGAAGUGAGGAGGCGCUGGAGAUUCUGAUCAAGUAUCAUGCAGAGGGCGAUGCGAGUCAAGAGCUUCCGCAUAUUGAGAUUGCGGAGAUCAGAAAGGCAUUGGAGAUGGAGAAUGAGAGUCGAGCGAGGGGAUGGGGCGAGCUGUUCCAGACCAAGGGCAUGAGGCAUCGAAGUCUGGUUGCUGCCGCUCUGGGCCUGUUUGUCCAGUUCAGCGGGAAUAAUCUCAUUAGCCAAUAUCUGGUACAGAUUCUCGACAAGAUUGGCAUUAGCGAUUCGCAUACCCAAGUCCGCUACAACGUUGGAUCCGAGGCCUGGGGGUUCGUGGUUGCCAUUAUCAUGGCUGCUAUCACGCCCCGGUAUCCUAGGAGGCGAAUGUACCUCCUGUGUGCGAGUUGCCUGGCCGCUGUUUACACUGCCUGGACUAUUGCCCAAGCCCGUAACCGCAUCGAAGGAACCAAGGGCUCCGGCUACGCAGUCCUUGUCUUCAUUUUCCUGUACAAACCGGCUUACUGUAUUGCGUAUAACGCUCUCACAUAUGUUUACAUGGUUGAGAUCUUCCCUUUUUACGUCCGGACAAAAGGAUUAUCAUGGUUCCAACUCUGGGGAAGAACCGCAGUCAUGUUCGGCUCCUUUGUCAAUCCCAUUGGCCUGCAAAACAUUGACUGGAAAUACCUCAUCGUCUACGUCGUCUGGCUCUGCUUCGAAGUCGUCUUCAUCUACUUCUUCUUCCCGGAGACGUUUGGCAAGACCCUGGAGGAAUUGACUUUCUUGUUCGAAAGUGAGAAGAGCGACAGGGACGUCCUGGCUGCUACGGCGGCCAAGGCUAUUGGCGGCGAAGGCGUUACGGAGGUGAGAGAGACACCGGAGAAGAAAGCGUAG